AAGUUUGCUGUCGAACACUGUGGUUGGGGUGCGACCGAUAACGAACUUAAGCUUCCCGAAUUGGUCGCAGAGCCUGCGCUGGUGGAGAUGGCCGAUCCGAGGCCAACUGAUCCAUAAUUGGACGGGCUGA